AUGUAUAUUAGAACUCCUUUACGACGAAUACUACGAUCCCUACCAGGAAGCUUUACCUGCACGCGACGUGUAACCACGAAUUCGCCAAGCUACGACACUGCAUCUGCUCGCAUUCAACAUCUAUCGGAACUCAAAUCGACAUAUGAGAUAGUAAAAAGCUUAAAAGACGUUUAUUCGACAAUCGACUCCACGUUUAUUCAAGAUAUUGCUGCUACCUACAAAGAAGAGAAGCUACCGUUGAAUGUAUUGCGUAAUGAGAAGUUGAAGGAAUAUAUACUAAAAGAUUGUUGUGAACUCGUAUUGAAGGAUGAUGCCAAUUUGAUUAAAAAUAGUUUCAAGAUAUUACAACGAACUGGAAUUCUUCCGAGGUAUGAGUCUCAAGGUGUGGAUGCAGCCAGCUUAAGGAUGGAGUUUUUGCAAUUUAUGAUGAAUGAGAAUCGUAUAUCAUUGGCGACUAUAUGUAUUUUAAGCUUCACUGAUCAUGACAUCAACGUGCCUUACUCGACGACAAAGUUGUUUAUCGAUGUCAUAAGCUCCAGCCCGUUUCGAGAUUUUUCCACGAAUGCCUAUUGUUUGUUACAGGUACUUCGAAUUACUACUCGAAUAGACCCUACAGAGUUAUUUACUAGUUUGAUGUACUUGAGUUCAAAUGUUAACGGCAACUAUUUUGCAAAUCAUUUGUUUUUCAAAUGCAUCGAAGAUGGCUUGUUUUUCGAAAUGUCGUUUGCGCAGCAACACAGUGUCAUACUUUCAAUGUUGGAGGUCAAUUUGGAAAAUAAUGAUGCUUUAAUGGCAACAAAAAUUUGGAGAAUAGCGAAUCCAAUCGUCUUGAGGAGUACUCCAUCAAGGAGUCAAGUCUUGUCAUAUGUGGAAAAGUUGACCACAGCAUUUCAACUUUAUCAUGACAAAAACAUUAUUGAGAAGGAGCUAGACCAGUUGCCUGCUUGUCUAGACACUGAGUUCAUGAUUGAUUACAAGCUUUCAUUUUAUUCACAACACUCGCGUGAUAAAUUUGAUGCGUUGGUGAAUAUACUUCGCAGUCCACUACGAAGAUCAUCGCUCACCGCUUUACUCAAAAGUUUCAUUCACCUACGAGAUGAAGCCAAUGCGGAGAAGAUUAUGGAAACGAUUUUUGCACAUUCAAGUAUAAAUUGUGAGGAAUUAUACACGAUUGUGGAGAAAUUACUACAACAAAAUAAAAUUACCGAAGCUACAUCGAUGAUACGACGAAUGAGUUUGGAGACUACCAAAAGGAGUUAUUUGAGUGUAUUUAAACACACGUGGAAAAAUAAAGACCAAGUGUUUUUUAAAGAGUUGUAUUUAAAAUUUAUGCAAUUGGAUUGUGACGACCAAGUGCUAGAGGCGUUCACCAUUGAGCUCAUCAAAGCAAUUUCAUCCAUCAAUAACAGGCAAGCCAUUCGAUACUAUACAAAGUUCUUGAAAAAGGUUGAUUUCCAACCAUACAAAACAAAUGAAUUUUAUCAACAGAUUGAUUUCAGGCGGUAUGGGUUUUUAGAUGAGUUUGCUCAAUUAAUUCGUCUAACUCCGUUUGGAAUGGUGGAGUGCUUGAAAGUGAUGUCCAAGCAUGCAGUUAAUGAUGGCGAUGAUAUAAGUUUGAGAUGGUGUAUUGAAGAGUUUAGGAAAAGUGGGUGGCGUGUGGAUACCAUUAUGGACUACUUGGAGUAUUUUGAUGGAAACGGAUAUUUGAGGAAAACAUUAAAACCAAGGGCAUUUGAAUAG